AGAUGAGGGGAAGGAGGGCGUCGCAGGAGAAGCCCCCUUCAGGCAGGUCAUCCACAGGACGGUCCAGGUCAGCCUCGAGAGCUAAGGAGAACCUCCCUCCUUCUCGCGGCGACUCCGAGUACGAGAGGGAAGUAGGAGGCGAAGAGGAAGAAGAGGAAGGAGAAGAGGGGGCGAAGGGAGGCCCGAGACGAGGCAGCGACGAGCAGCAAGAUGACCCGGCAGGAGAUGGAUGCCUUAAUGUUUCUCGUCUGGCUGGCCAGGUGCUGGGGAAGGGGGGAGGGGGGAUGAUGCGCGUGGGGAUCCUGCCAGCCUUCACCAAGGGCAGCAAGACGGCCUCUCUGCCCCGCCACGCCACAGUCAUGUCGUCGAGGGGCUCCCACACCCCCGAGCUCCCUUCGUCCGCUGCCCCCACGCCCCCGCCGACGCCCGAACGACAGCCCUCGACGGCUCCGACGCCUCCGCCCACGCCCUCCAGUGCCCACAGGCCGCCCGUGCCCGAGUCCCCGAAGCCGAAGAUCAAGGGCGCGGGCGGACAGAAGCGCGCGGCCUCCGUGUCCCCGGCGAGGGAGAAGCGGCGCUCCUUGCGAGGCCUUUCGCGGGACCGCUUCCCGCAGCUGCCCCACCUGCCGUCCAUGCCCAAAGUGCCCUCGAUGCCCAAAGUUCCGACAAUGCCUAAAGUUCCUGCAAUGCCUAAAGUUCCUCCGAUGCCCAAAGUCCCGUCGAUGCCCAAGAUGCCCGCCAUGCCCAAGAUGCGUCCCCUGCCGCGCGCGCCUUCGCUCCCGCCCCAGCUGAGGAGCCUCCUGGGGCGGCGCGACGGCGGGGGCAGCGAGUCCCGCGAGGACAACCCCAGCAAGCCGUCGCGCCGCCCGGGCCCCGUCGGCCGCACCUGGGUCAAGGUCUACGACGACAUCACCUUCAUGGACGACGACAAAGACAACGAGCUGUACCCCGUCCUGGCCUACACAGGUCGCCCUCAGAGCGUCCCCGAGGCCGCCCCUCUCCCGAUGGCGCCCACGCCUCCUCCUCCGCGCUCGCACGGCCGCCAGCCCUCUGUCGAGAGCGAGUACGACAAUGUGGUGAAGGAGGAGCUGCAGCGGGUGGUUCCCCAGGACAGUCCCAGGGAAGUCCCCCCUUCCCAGGGACGCGGCAGGGAUAGGUUCCGAGGACGUCGCCAGAAGAGGACCGACACGCCCAUUACCGUCGGACACCCAGGGCCCGAUGACGAGGUCGAGGAGGCCCGCAUGACUGCGCUCGAAGCCCAGAUCCUAACCUCGGCCUCGAGUCCGGCGCAGAAGGAGGAAGAGGAGGACUACAUCAUCCCUCAGGCCCUCAAGCCUCACAAGCCACCUCGAGGCAUCAAAGUCUACGACAACAUUGAGAUUAAGCCCGCCGAGGCUGAGCCUGCUCCUGCAGAAGAGGACGAGCCCGUGAAGCCCCAACGCGGCAUCAAGGUCUAUGAAGAAGUGAUCAUACGACGCCAGCAAAUUGAGAAAGAAAUGGAAGAGAUGAAAGAAGCACAGAAGAAAGAUGAAGAGAGAAAAGAGCAAGAAAGAAUAGAGCAAGAGAAAAAAGAGGAGGAGAGAAGAGAAGCGGAAAAGAGGGAGGAAGAGCGACGGGGAGCUGAGAAGAGAGAGGAGGCGAAGGCAGAUGCCAUGGAGUGUGACGACGCGCCCCUCCCGCCGCGGCCGCAAAGAGGCAUCAAGGUCUACGAGUCCAUCCUUCUAAAGCCGAGCGAAAAGACCUCAGCGGAGAAGGCAGAGGAGAAGCCAGAAGAAAAGAUGGAAGAAGAGAGGAAAGAAGAAAAGAAAGAGGAAAAAGCAGGAGGGACGGAGUAUACCUUCCAGACGACGAUGGAGCAGACGGUAGAAGUGAUGGAUGUGUCGGAGGUCGGAGGAGAAGAAAGCACGAAGAAAGAGGCGGGAGAAAAGGAGAAAGAGAAGGACGAGGAGCAGACUCCCCCGCGGCCGUCCCGAGGGAACAAGGUGUACGGCGCCGUCCUCAUCCAGCGCCACGACGCGAGCGACCAGGCCGUCGUCUCGCAGGUCACCCUCACCUCCACCUCCACCACCACCACGACAACCACGUCCGAGGUCAAGGCCAGCGAGAGUGAGACAGCCGAGGUCAAAGUUCAAGAGGUCAAGGUGAGCGAAGGCGAAACGGAGGAGGCCAAGGUCGACUCGGUAGACAAAGAGGUGGUGAAAAUCGAGGCAGAAGUCAAGGUUGAGACAGAGACAAAGGCUGAGCAGGGCGAGGCAGAGCCCAAGGUCGAGGCAGAGCCCAAGGUCGAGGCAGAGCCCAAGGUCGAGUCAGAGCCCAAGGUCGAGACAGAGCCCAAGGUCGAGGCCGAAGUGAAGGUAGACACAGACGCCAAGGCUGAGCCGGAGAAGACCUCCGAAGACGUUGACGCAGAUCAGAACAAGGUUCCUCCGUACGCCCGCGUUCACAAGAGCGGGGGCGUGAAGGAGCUACGCCCGCUGAGACCCGAGGAGGACGACGAAACGCCGCCGCCCAUCCCGCCCAAGAAGAAGGGCUUGAGGACCAUCUCGCCGCAGACCCUUGAGGCUGAGCCGCCCCGCCCCCCGCGCCACCUCAAGCCCCGGUUGAAGAAGUCGCAGCAGGUCGUCCUGGUGAAUGGCGAAGUGUCGUCGCCGUCACGCCCCCCUCGCGGCUCCAAGCUCUACGCAAGCGUGGAGGUCACGCCCGCGCCGCCCAAACGCCACUCCAAGGUCGUCCGCAUCGAGGAGGUGGUCACACACAUCAAGGACGACAUGCUGGACGCGUCCGCCCCCGCCCGCACACGCCCAGUCAAGCCCCUGCGGCACGCGCACGCCCACCACGACCCGCCCCCGCGCCGCAAGAAGCUCCGCACCAGCGAGGGCGACGAGGGCGACGACGGGGGCGCCGUGAAGGCCAGGCUCACCGUCGACCCUACUCGACCGAACGCCAAGGUCGACCUCAGCGCCGACUUCGAAAACUACGAGAAUGUGGAUCUGAGCGAGACGCGGCCGCAAGCCACGACCAGAUCCCGCACGCGACCUCUGCCUCCCCCGCCGCCGCCGCCCAAGAAAGGCAAAAUCCAGCAAAGACACCAACAACUCAUGCAGCAGCAGCAGCAACAACAAAAAGCAUCAACACAAGCUGAAUCAACUGAGCGCCAGGGCAGCCAACCUCUCCGUGGUGCGGCCGCCGCGUGCGCUGACACAGGGACCGGGAGCGGUGCGGUUGGUACGCCGGGCGAGGAGGCGGGGCCAUCUCAGCGCAAUCACGUCGUCAGUGUCACUUCAGCCUCAGCGACGAUAAGAGCAGGUGCGAAGGGGACGCACCCCGACGGCAGCAGGCUUGAGACGGACAUCGAUGACAACCUCAAGACCAUCGAGAGUUCGUUCGCCACUCUAGACACGGUGUUGAAGUCGCUGCAGAACUACUCGCAGACUUCCCCAAGGCGAGUGCUGCUGGGCGAGGGAGGUGAGGGUGCCACCAGUGCUCUACCCACCUCCGCCGACGCUGCCGCCACAGCUGUCUCACAGGAGGGCCCUGCCUCCCCCCACACCCCUCCUUCCCCCACCCCCGCUCAGCAGGAGCAGGGGAAAGACACAAGCACACAUGAUGUAAGCCAGCAGGGCGAGCAGGAGGCGAGGAGCGAGAGGCAAGAGGAGGGCAAGGCGCGGGAGAGCGCGGGAGAGGCGGCGACAGCAAAGGAACAAUCAGCUGAUGCGAGCCCCGCCCCCGUCCCCACCCGGGCUGACAGCCCCCCCAAGGCUAACGCUGCGGCCCACGUGACAAGCACUGAGAGUGAAGUGAAGCCCGAAGUGAUCGCUGAAGUGAAGUGUGACACACAGGCUGAAGUGAAAGUGCUCGAGGCUGAAGUUAAAGAAGUGCAUUUAGACGUGAAAGAGGCACAUGUUGAGGAAAAAUUAGAUCAGUCUGUAGUAGAGGAGGUUCAGGUACAGCCUCUAGCGAGUGAAAUUCAGGAAGCCAAAGCUGAAGUGAAGGUAGAACAAUCUCAGCUGAAGGAAGCGAAGGAGGAUCAGCCUGAAUUGAAGGCUGCUCUUCCUGAAGUGAUCAGUGUUCUCCCAGAAACGAUAGAACCACAAGUUGCGGUACAGGAACCUGAAGUAAUACAAGCAGAAGCAGUGCCUGAAGCACAGGCCGAGGCGAAGAUAGACGAGAAGGAAACAACGCAAGAGAAAAAGGAAGAAGAACAGAAAGAAGCGAAAGCAGAAGAACAGAAGGAGACGACAAUAGAAGAGCAGAAAGAAGCGAAAGCAGAAGAACAGAAGGAGACGACAACAGAAGAACAGAAAGAAGCGAAAGUAGAAGAACAGAAGGAAACGACAACAGUAGAACAGAAAGAAGCGAAAGUAGAAGAACAGAAGGAAGAGGCAGCAGGAGGAGAAGAAGCGAAGAAAACGAAGAAGAGGAGGAGCUCCGCGAAGUCGGAAGGGAAGACGGUGUUCCAGACCCUGUAUCAGGUGGACGCCCUCAAGAAGGAAAUCAACAAGGCAAAGUCGACGUCGGCGGAGGGAGGGGAGACAGCCGAGCAAGGGAAGGGCGGAGAGCAAGAACACGCAGAGGAAGUUCAAGCUGAAGAACAAGCCAGAGCUGAGGAAGUCAAAGUAGAAGAACAAACGAAGUCUGAAGAAGUUCUGGCCGAAGAAACAACCACAGCUGAGGAAGCGAAAGUCGAGGAACUAAAUAAACCUGGGGAAGAAAAGGUUGAAGAACAGGUGAAAACUGAAGAAGCAGAACAAGUGGAAGCAAGAAGUGAACACAUUGCUGAAGAACUUCAGGUUGAGGAACAAGCUAAGACUGAAGAAGAAAAAGAAGAUGGAACUAAACAAGUUGAAGUCGGAGAAGUGAAAGAAAGAACAGAUGAACAAAGUGAAGAACAAACGCAUGCUGUAGAAAGAGAACCAGAAAGUAUAGAAAGUCAAACAAAAGCUGAAGAACAGAAAGUAACCACAGACGAAGAGACGAAAACUACAGAGAGAAGAGAAGAGACUGACGAGACAGAAGUAGCAGAAGCAAGCGAGGAACAAAGAGAAGAAAAGAGAGAGGAGAAAGAGGAGAAGACAGAAGAAGAGAGUGCGGUUUCACAAGACCUCGAAGCCUCGCAGGAAGAGAAAAAAGAAGAGACGAAAGAACGGGAGGAAGAGAAAAAGGACACAGAAGAACAGGAGGAAGAGAAAAAGGAGACAAAAGAGCGAGAGGAAGGCGAGAGCGCAAGAGGCGCGCCCCCAGCACCGGUGGGCGAAGAUCUCGCCUCCAGACUGGAAGGUAUUCGAACCGCGCUCGAGAGUGUUAUUUGCAACCUUCCAGACUCUUCCACUUCCUCCUCAUCCUGCACCGCUAACACCGCUGGGCCAGCUGCAUCUGCAUCUGCAUCUUCUACCACCUCUGCACCCGCCGCUAACAACGGUAACAGUGUGGAUGGCUUGCCCCCGCCCACUAACACACAGGCCACGCCCUCUAACAUAACUGACCAAGGUGGCGCCGAGGUAAAGGAGGGAGAGAAGGACGGCGUCCCUGCCCCGUCGAGUCCACCUGUUGUAGCCACGCCCCCUAGAACAUCCCUGAGUGCGUUUGAUGAUAACUUUGAUAACCGUGUUAGUUGUGUUAGUGAUACUAGCGAAGCCUCUGGACCCCCUAGCCUUCCCGCCGAGCUAAAACCCCUUCCCCGAAACCCCCCCGACAGCCCGGAGCCCCCUGGUCUGAGUGGUGACCCCCAUUCUCCUUCCACCACUCAGAUUGACACUAUCCUAACCCGUGGUGAAACCCUUAGAACAAACCCCCCUGAAGCCUCACACCAUUCACACAGUUGCACGGAAGCUUUGGACACCC